AUGAGCAGCUGUCACUUGAAAACCCAUGAUUUUCUUCAACCGUUAGAAUGUGUUGGUGCUAAAGAAGAUACAAGUAGGAUUGACAGUACCACGACAGCGUCAGAGAAGCCACCACCGCUGCAGCACGUGCUUCCCGGUGGUAUAGGAACGUACACGAUAAGCCCCAUUCCUUACUUCCAUCAUCAUCAUCAGAGAAUUCCUAAGCCGGAGUUGUCACCACCGAUGAUGUUCACUUCUGCUGCGCAAGCGAGUGGCGGUAAUGAGAGAAACGUUGUGGACGAGAAUUCAAAUUCCAACUGCAGCUCGUACGCUGCUGCAGCAAGCGGAUUCACUCUGUGGGAUGAAUCUGCUUCUGGGAAGAAGGGACAGACAAGGAAGGAGAAUAGUGUUGGAGAGAGAGCAAACAUCAGAGCUGAUGUUGCAACAACUGUGGGACAGUGGCCAGUGGUGGAACGACGGUCGCAGUCUUUGACGAAUAACCAUCCUAGCGGUUUCAGCUCUCACUCUUCCUCCCAAGGGUCUGGGUUAAAGAGCCAGAGCUUCAUGGACAUGAUAAGGUCAGCGAAAGGAGGUUCGCUGGACGACGAUUUAGAUGAUGAGGAAGAUUUCAUCUUGAAGAAAGAAAGCUCCUCCACUAGCCAGAGCCAUAGAGUGGAUUUGAGAGUAAAAGCAGAUGCGAGAAGCUCUGGUAACGAUCAAAAGCUGAACACGCCGAGGUCUAAACAUUCCGCUACAGAGCAACGGAGGAGGAGCAAGAUCAAUGAUCGAUUUCAAAUGUUGAGACAACUAAUACCUAACAGCGACCAAAAGCGAGACAAGGCCUCCUUCUUACUAGAGGUUAUCGAGUACAUACAAUUCUUACAGGAGAAAGCAAACAAGUAUGAGACCCCUUACCAAGGAUGGAGUCCCGAACCUGCAAAGCUAUUGAAUUGGAAAAACAACCAACAGCUUGUACCUGAAGGAUCCGUUACAUUUGCUCCAAAGUUGGAAGAAGAGAAGAACAACAUUCCUGUUCCGGUCCUGACAACAGCACAAGGCGUAGUUAUCGAUCAUCCAGAAGCACUGAACCGAGCAAUGUCAACGACGGCACCAUUUCCAUUGUCGGUUCAAAGCGACAGUUUAUUCUCUCAUGUAAUUGCGGGCAGUCCCGUAACUCAGUUCCACACAAGAGUCGCAUCAUCAGAGACAGUAGAACCAAGCCCGAGUUCUCGGAGUCAGACUCGGCCAUUGAAAGAGGAAGAUGAGGAAGUUGACGAGGGUAACAUCAGUAUAUCAAGUGUUUACUCACAAGGAUUAGUGAAAACACUGAGAGAAGCAUUGGAGAAUUCAGGAGUGGAUUUAACGAAAGCAAGCAUCUCCGUUGAAAUCGAGCUCGCUAAACAAUCCUCUCUUCCUUCUUCUUCCUCUUCCUUCAAGGAUCAAGAAGUUCGUGAACCGGUUUCUCGAACCGGAAACGACGACGUCAAGCAAACUCGGAAACCAAAACGACUCAAGACGAGCAAUAGAUAA